UUUAGUAUGAAAGAAAAGGAGGGCGAGAGAGAGAGAGAGAGCUUCCCUCGACGCACGCGAAAGAGACGGGCUUCUUCGUAGGUCGCCCCCAAAUUCCGGUUCUCGCAUUGCCUCUCUUCUCCAUCGCCUUCGCCCGAGCUCGCAGAACUAGGGCAAGAGAAGGGAUCUGGAGGAUCGGAACAGGGGGAAUGGACGAUGCUGCGGCUUUAACGAGGCCUUCUCCCUCGCUUCCGGCGAGCUAUUCUUCCAUUUUCCAGAACUAUCCUCUCAUCUCGGCUUUCCUCGCCUUCGCCAUCGCUCAGUCCACCAAGUGCCUCACCACCUGGUAUAAGGAAAGACGUUGGGAUGCCAAGGAACUUAUUGGAUCUGGUGGGAUGCCAUCAUCCCAUUCUGCAACAGUUACUGCACUUGCGAUUGCUGUUGGGUUCAAAGAUGGCUUUGGCAGUUCGUCGUUUGCUAUUGCAAUGAUAUUGGCCUCUGUUGUGAUGUAUGAUGCUUCUGGAGUUAGAUUGCAUGCUGGGAGGCAGGCGGAGGUGUUGAACCAAAUUGUCUUUGAGCUCCCAGAAGAGCAUCCUCUUGCUGACACAAGACCUCUGCGUGAACUUCUAGGCCACACCCCUCCACAGGUGGUUGCUGGUGCAGUUCUGGGAUUCAUCAUAGCAUCAAUUGGGUGUCUGAUCGACAAGGCUGUAAAUGUGUGAGCUAAUGAUUGAUGAGUACACUUAAUUCACCAAAUGAGAAUUACUGGCCUUCAGACUCCACUCCAAAUCGAUUCAUUUAACACCAAUUCGGAAGUUGUGAAUUGCUUCAUGUGCAUAUUAUUCAUCUCUUAGUUUCCACUGAUUGUGUAUGUGUUCGCAAUUCCAAGUGAUUCAUUGUUGUGAAGGUUGUAUCAAUAGAGUGAUUCUAUUUACAAGAUACUGCCCUUGAAAGGAGGGUGGAAUUGGGAAGAUAUUUAUAGAAAACGGUCCAUACACACCCAUUCUGAUUUGGGCUUCAACGUCUCUACUGUAAUGUGCAAAGUUUACAGUAGUGUUUCCUUUGACUUGUGUUAUCAUUAUUGUCAGGUGUGGUAUUUUAUAUCCAUACUGCUGCAAAAACCUGAAAUUACACAUGUCUUGGUGAAGUUUCUACUUUCA